CGGCGACGCAACCGAAGGCGCUAGGGUUUAUCGCCGCCGCUCGGCUCCGACGACGACGAGGAGGAGGAGGCGAGAUGCUGCGCCGGAACACGCGGCUGCGGCGGGAGUACCUGUACCGCAAGAGCCUCGAGGGGAAGGAGCGGCAGCACUACGAGAAGAAGCGGCGCCUCCGGGAGGCGCUCGAGGAGGGCAAGCCCAUCCCCACCGAGCUCCGCAACGAGGAGCUCGCCCUCCGCCGCGAGAUCGACCUCGACGACCAGGACAGGGCAGUUCCGAAGAGCCUCAUCGACGAUGAGUACGCCGGCGCCGCUCUCCGCGAGCCCAAGAUUCUCCUCACCACGUCGCGCAACCCGAGCGCGCCCCUGACGCAGUUUGUCAAGGAGCUCAAAGUUGUCUUCCCUAACUCGCAAAGAAUGAAUCGUGGUGGUCAGGUGAUAUCGGAAAUCGUCGAGUCUUGCCGUUCGCAUGAUAUCACUGACCUUGUUUUGGUGCAUGAACAUCGUGGUCAGCCUGAUGGUUUAAUCGUCUGCCACCUACCGUUUGGGCCAACUGCAUACUUUGGGUUACUCAAUGUGGUGACACGCCACGCUAUUAAAGAUAGGAAAGCCAUGGGUAAAAUGUCAGAAGCUUACCCCCAUCUAAUACUGGACAACUUCACAACCAAGACUGGUGAAAGGACUGCUAAUAUUGUCAAGCAUCUCUUUCCUGUGCCAAAACCAGACUCGAAGCGGAUAAUUACUUUUGCUAACAGAGACGACUACAUCUCAUUCAGGCAUCACGUAUAUGAAAAACAUGGUGGCCCCAAAUCCAUUGACCUGAAGGAGGUUGGUCCUCGAUUUGAGCUGCGACUAUAUCAGAUCAAGAGAGGAACAGUAGACCAAGCAGAAGCACAGAACGAGUUUGUGCUACGGCCAUACAUGAAUACAGCGAAGAAGCAAAAAUCUCUUGGUGCCUGAUUGACCUGCAACUGCAACUUGCAGCAGUGCAUCAAUUUUUUUGAGUUUUUGUUCUCUUGUUGCAUCUGUAACAUUAGCUCAGUGUAUCUAAUAUCUGUGCUGUGAUAAUGGUUCCAUUCAUAGUUACUGGGUCCUAUCUGUCGGAAUUGAAUUUACGUCUCUGUUGUGGAUUGGGGCCCAAUAACGGCCAAAUUUUGUAG